CAUUGCUGAACGCUCGUCUCUGGGCUCGCCCUAAAGACUCGCUCUGUCUCUCCUCCUUUUCUCUUUCGUUGUCUCCUCCCUAAAACAAACAUUUCUUUCCUGGUCUAUUCCUUUUCUUUUUCUUUUUGUUCCCUCUUCUUGCCUCUCUUCUCUCUCAUCUCUCGUCAUUCUCCCCCGUUUCCGAUCUCUGGAACUCGAAGCCCCUGCGAUCAUGUCGUCGCAUGACAAGGGUCGGCCGUUGCCCAAGUUUGGCGAGUGGGAUGUGAAUAAUCCUGCAUCAGCCGAAGGAUUUACAGUGAUAUUUAACAAGGCGAGAGAUGAGAAGAAGAGCAGCGCGAUCGCUGGGGGUGGAGUUACCGGAGUAUCAUCACCACAAAGGAACGACGACAAGGAAGAUAAUCGGAUACCCACAAAGAAAAGAUGGUUUUGCUGUGGGUGAAUCAAGACUACCUACCUUUGGGAGCCCUGAGAUUUCUUCAACAUGAUUUUGUGUGGUGGUACAAAUACUUGAGUCCAUUCCAAAUGCCUCUAGCAAACUGAUGGAACACAAAAUAUGUUGUGAUUAUUAAUUAUAAAAAAUAUA